AUGGCGGAGAUGCUGCCAACUGCCGCUCUGCUGGUCUUGGCAGCGUCUGCGGUCGCCAGAGAUAACAGCACGUGUGAUGGCCCCUGUGGGCUAAAGUACCGGCAAGGGACCACACGCAUCGUCGGAGGCCAGGCUGCCUCGCGCGGGGCCUGGCCCUGGAUGGUCAGCCUGCAGGCCUUCACCUACCAGGACAGCCGGCGCUACCACGCCUGCGGGGGCUCCCUGCUGAACGCCCAGUGGGUGCUCACCGCCGCUCACUGCUUCAGGCUCAAAAAAAAGGCCCAUGAUUGGAGACUGGUUUUCGGAGCAAGGGAAAUUGAGUUCGGCAGCAACCAGCCAGUGAAGCCGCCUCUGCAGGAGAGGUUUGUUGAGAAAAUCAUCCUUCACGAGAGCUACUCGCCCAUCCUGGAGGCCAACGACAUCGCUCUCGUGAAGAUCACCCCUCCCGUGGUCUGCGGCACCCUGGUGGGGCCAGGCUGCCUGCCCCAGUUCACGGCAGGCCCACCCCGAGUGUCCCAGUCCUGCUGGGUGAUCGGCUGGGGAUUCCUCAGGGAGAACGCCCAACAGAUGUCGCCCGUGCUGCAGGAGGCCAUCGUGAACAUCCUCGACCUCAGCCUGUGCAACUCGACCCUGUGGUACCAAGGCCGCGUGCACUCCACCAACGUGUGUGCAGGGUUCCCCGAGGGCUAUGUGGACACCUGCCAGGGGGACAGUGGCGGGCCUCUCAUGUGCAAAAGAAGCACUAAAGACCCCUACGUGAUCGUCGGAAUCACGAGCUGGGGGGUGGGCUGUGCCCGAGCGAAGCGCCCUGGAAUCUACACGGCCACCUGGCCCUAUCUGAACUGGAUUGCUUCCACGAUCGGGUCCAAGGCCUUGGAGACGCUUCAGCCGAGUGCCCCUCCCCCUCCCAGUGCGGCCACAGCCGCCGGCACAGUCUCCUACACCCGCCCCUCUGCCCGCCCUCCUUGGUACUUCCUGUACCCUUCUUCCUACCGACCACCUGCAUCCCAACCCCGGCCCUCAGCACAAGUCCCAUCCCCACCCCCGCCUUCACCCCCACCCCCACGCCCUCCACCUCCACCCCCACCUCCUCCACCUCCCCCACCUCCUCCACCCCCAUCUCCCACUAAACCUCCCGAAGCCCCUUCUUUCGCCAAACGACUGCAGCAGCUCAUAGAGACCCUGAAGGGGAAGACCCUUUCUAGCGGAAGAAGCAGUGAUAACGCGGAGGUCGUAGGCUUCCCGGAGCUGGCCUCGCUGUCAACCGGCCCAGGGAACCCAUCACACCUGAGAGGGAAAGAAAAAGAUGAGAUGAAUAAAUAA